AUGAAUAAUAUUAAACAAGGGAAUGAAGAAGUUUAACCAAAAUUAAAAGAAUUGAAUAAAAGGGUAGAUUUUAUUUUAGAGAAGGUUCAAUUACACGAACGUAAAAUUCAAAGCAUGAGUGAAUACUUUUCUAAGAAUUUUGAAAAGAAGGAAGAUAAGGAUAUUAUCAAAUAAAGACAAUAAAUUUAAGAAAUUAUUAAUAGCUAAAUUGAAUCUUAAUUACAUAAAAUUUAUAAAUUCUGGGCUUUUGAGAAAAAUCAUAAUUUAUAAACAGAUCCAGAUUUAGAUAAAUAUCUGUGGGAACUUAUAUAACCAUUAGAAUAAGUAGAUUAAAAUAAUUCUGAAGAUCGAAUAAAAUGCAUUGAAGCUUAAAUAAAAUAAUUAUCAGAUGAAUCUCAUAAUAAAUAUUUUGAAAAAGAAUUCUUAUAAAUAAAAACUCAGUUGAAUCACUAAGAUUAGAUUAUUUAAUAAUAUAAAGAAUAAAACAAUUAAUUUACCAAUAUGAAUCAAUAAUAAAAAAGUUUACUUAACUCAUUUUAAUAAUAAUUAUAAGAGUAAUAAUAAAAAAACAAUAUUUAUGAAAAUCAAAUAAAUAGCUUUGAUAACAAAAUAAAAUAAUUAUCAGAAAAAUGUUUAAAUAAAAAUUUUGAAUAAGAACUCUUAUAAAUAAAAACUCAGUUGAAUCACUAAUUAGAAUAAAUUAAUACUAUUAAGGAUUAAUUUGAUAUAUUUAAAACUAAUAUAAAUCAAUUAACUUAGCCUUAAGAAAAUAUAAAUUUUAAGAUUGAACUAAAGAAAUUAGAAUAAAAAUUAGAGUAAGACUUUCAGACAUAAAUUUAAUAAAUAUCUAAUAAUGUAGAAAACUUAGAUAAAUUAUAAUAAACACAACAUAAAUAAAAUUAUGUCGGAUAAGAAUAAAUGUAAAAUUAAAUGACUUUUAAAUUAAUAGAAUUCGAUCAAUUUAACUAGAAAAAUUAAGAAUUACAUAAUUAAAUAGAUAAACUUGAAUAGAAUAAUUUAAAUUUAUAAUAGAAUAUAAAUUAGUAAUAAAAUCAAUUUAAUAUUAUUAAGGAAUAAUUUGACAGAAUUGAAAAUGCAUGGAAAUCAAUUGCAGGAAAUAACAAUACAAAUUAAACAUUCUAGACAAAACAAUAACAAAAUUAAUUUAAUUAAAAGAAUUAGAAUUAAAAUCUUCAAAAACAAUAACAAUAAUUUAACAAAAUUGAUUUUGGAACAUUAUAACCAUAAAAAUCAAGUUAAACUUAAAUAAAUCUUUAAAAUCAAUAAUUUAUUCAAACUGAUUAAAAUAAUGAGAAAUCAAUUGCAGGAAAUAAAAAUACAAAUUAACCAAUUUAAACAAUAAUAUAAUUAAAUUCUUAAUAGACAAACCAAUAAUAAAAUUUAUUUAAUUAACAGAAUUAAAAUUAAAAUCUUUUAUAAAAAUAAAGUUAAAUUAAAAUUUAAACUAAUGUUUAAAAUCAAUAAUUUAUUCAAACUGCUUAAUAACAAGACCCUUUUAAAGUUCAAUAAUAAUGUAAUUAAUAAUAAAUUCAAUUAAAUUCAUAAUAAGAAUAAUAAGGUUUCUUAAAUAUGAAUUAAUUUAAGUCAAAUUUAAAAGUUUAACCCAAUAAUAAUAAUGAAAUAAACUCUUAAUAAAAACCUCCUUUUAAAUAAGAUAUUUAUUAAUUCUAGAAUAGAAAUUCUGAAUCUUAAAUAGAUGAAAUAUAAUUAUUCAAAAAAGAUUAAGUCAGAUGUAAAAAAGUUUAAAAUAUUAUUAAUAAAAUAUAUUAGACUACAACCUAUUAAAGAUCAAUGCAUGAUAAAUAUCAAUAGUUUAUAAGAGAAGUUGAAGAUUUUCAUUCACUUUGUAAAAAUUAUGGAAUUAAACUUAUAUAAUAAAGAUAAUAGUUAAAAGAAUUAUGUAAUUCUUUUAGAUAAGUUAGAGGUGAUGGAAAUUGUUUUUAUACUGCUUUUGGGUUUCAAGUAAUUCAAAUAAUAAUUGGAGAAUAUUCUACUCAAUAAUUUUAAGAUUUUGUAAAUAAUUUGAAUGGAAAAUUUAAAUGUUAAAUAAUAGUUGGAAAUGAAAUGUUUUAUGGCGAUGAAUUUCAUAAUUUAAUUUAUAAUGAAUUCUUAUUUAGAAUAGAAUAAUUUAGAUAAAUAAAAAACAAAGAAGAGAGAAUAAAAUAAUUUAUUUAACAUUUUUAGGCUUUUGAAUAGUUAGAAGAUGAAUCAAUUGAUGGAUGUCUAUAUGGAUUAUCAACUAUUUUCUUUAAAAAUCUUUCAAAUUAUUUAGUUUCAAUUAGUGAUUAAAAAGAUUUGGUUACUGAUUAAGAAACUAUAUUAUUAUGGGAAAAAGAAUGCAAUUCUAAUGAAUUUGUUAUAUCUCUAUUAGCUAACUAUUUACAAAUGUAAUUUAUGUUCAUAUUUAUUUAGACAUAUUAAACUUUUAUUUUUUAAUCAUGGAAAUUAUUAAUUAAGACAAUAUAAUCAAAAUGCUAAUCUAUCUAUUUUAUUAUUGAUCUAACCAGGACAUUAUAAUAUUGGUAUUAAAGAUAUUGAUUAAUAAUAAUAUUGA